AUGUCAGCGCUCAUCAUCCCCGAGCUAAUCGAACAGGUCGCCGCCUAUCUUUCCAUCCGUGACCUACCUCAAUGCGUCCGCGUCAACAAAACCUGGAACACCCUCCUCACUCCCUUACUUUGGCGCACCAUCCUCCCAUUCCCAUAUCAACUAGCCGAACGGGAAUUCUGCGACCUGUGGAUUUACCCCGCGUCGCAGGGAGCUCUUUUCUCGACUCCUCUUGAGGCAGACUGUUGCUCUGCCCACCAGCCUCCUCCUCCUCCUCCUCCUCCUGCACCAAUGAUGGAGGAAUACUACGACUCUGACAAGCUCCACUCGCUUCACGUCACCUCGAUCGACCCAAGUUGGGUCUCAGCCCUGGCAGCGAGCGAGUUUCUCAAGAGACUCGAGUUUCAUUUCGUCAACACAGCAACCGUUCGACUUCUCGGUACUGCUCUCAAGGACGGGCUACCCCACCUCGACGAAAUCAAGUUAUACGGCGACACCUGGGAUGUUAAAGAUAUCGAUUUGGCGCCCAAGCUUUCUGCCUGUCUCGAGAUCCUUGCGUCCAGCCCGAAGUUGCACACCUUUGUGACCUUGCGCGGAGACCCGCCCCAGGAUAUUGAAGUGCCGCAGUUUCCAAUUUUGCUUGCGGACGAAUUUAUUGACCUCGAGCCAUUGACCGGUCAGCUCAAACCUUGGUUGUGUGAGUCGACACUACAGAAUUUCCGGGCCAAGAUCGCGAGGAUCCCACGACCGGAAAUCACCAAGACAUUUCAAGGACAUUCUCUGCAGAAGUGGAUGGUACUAGAAGAGGCAUAUCUAGGUCAGGGUCAGGAGUAUCAGCGACAAGCCUAUCAGCGUCUUGCGAGGCUGAGUCGACUGGAACGACUGGAACUAGGAUAUGAGGAUCGGGAUUUUUGUGAAGAAUGUCGGCUGAUGGCUACUGAGUCAACAGUGGAACAAUGGGAUGAUGAGCACUACCAGUACACCUAUUUAGAGAUGCGUCUCAGGAGUGGUUGGACUACUGGAGGGGUUGAAGGAGUCGAAAGUGUUGAAUGUUAUGCGGAUGAUUGCGAGUUGGCCGAAGUUGAAACGGAUGAGCAGAUUCAAUUAUUCUGUUGA